AUGGGCAAACUUCCGGGCUUUGCUUUGAAGAAGAAGCAGCCGGCUCGAAAUGCAAGUCAGGUUUUGCUGGGACGAAGCAUACUGGAACCGACGCCUCUACAGACGCGCGCUGCGUCCGAGGUGUCGCUGGCUCAACAUACCUCGCAGAAGCGAAGCGCUCGCAUCAGAUGGAACAUGGGGCCUUGCCAGCACAGAACUUGGGUUUCUGCCCUCAGAAAAUCCGGGUUGGAUGUCGACUUCUGCAACCUGAUGCAAUGGAGAGGGUUUCAGUUUGGCUCCCGCCGCGUGGCUGUCAAGAUGAAAGACUUCUGUCAUGACAAGCACGAGCUAGCAACGGAGCUCAUGCAGUAUCCUGCUCUAUCAGGUCAUAUGCCUGAAACAUACCUGAGUUUGGAAGAGUUUCUUGCCUCAGGAAGGAAUUCAGAAGGUUUGUGGUUUCUGAAGCUGUCCGACGUUGACUAUGGAUGUGGAGUCCGGCCUUUCACGGGCCCCAAGACUGCAGAAGAGUUGAACGAUUUGCUGGAGGUGGCCUUCGUGGAGGCAUCUCAGUCCGUCACAGCUCUUCGGAGAGCAAAGGGUUGCAAGCCUCGAGCUGUUGGUCAACAGAUCGUCAUUCAACGCGCAGUGGAUUCUCCACUAGCCGAUGGUUACAAGGAGGAUUUGCGAGUUUACGUUUGCUGCACCGCAUCAUCUCCGAGGAAGACCUUCGUUUACCAGAAAAUUGGAGUUCGAAAGGCGCCCAAGCCAAUGGAUCCAGCCUCGGGUUUAAGUCGGGCCGCCCACUGCACACACUACGGACGAAUCACGCCGACUGCAUCGUCCGCAGACUAUCGACAUUACGACAUCAUAUUUCCAAGGCUGUGCAGAACCAUUGCUGAGAUAAUGCGGCAUUUCAGCCCCACGCUGGAAGAAGGCUCGACAGUGCUUCUUGGCAUGGAUUUCAUCUGCGACGAAAACCUCCAGCCCUGGUUGCUGGAGAUUAACCAGGUGCCCCGCCUGUGCUACGAAGCUCCUCAGGUGCAGUCCUGGACGGAGGGCAUGGCUUUGGAUUUUCUUUACCUCAUCGUUUUCCCAGAGCUGGGUCAGAAAGCUGCGGCGCACCAGACCCUUUGGCUGGAGGUCUAG